GGUUUCCUUGCAAUUAACGCAUCAUAGAGAGAGGCUCGGAUUCGGAGGCAAAGGCUCGGGCCGAAGACUUUUAGCAGAUAAGAACAACCGGUCUCUCUUCUCCUACCUCGACCACCUUCGACUUUUCCCUCCGCGCGCGCGCGCGCUCUCUCUCUCUCUCUCUCUAAGCUAUAAUUGACCGGUAACAGCCGUUCAGGGAGCUGAAAGUGCACAGAAGAUCAUGGUGAGGAGGAGGAGAGAACGAUAGCCGAUGGCCGCCAUGGCUGCGGCCUCUGCUCUCGACGAGCUUCUUCGUUCAAUGCAAGCUCCACGCCGACGCUCACAAGAGCGAGUGCAAUAUGUAUUGCCUUGACUGUAUGAACGGCGCUCUGUGCUCUCUCUGUCUCGCUUAUCACCGCGACCACCGCGCCAUCCAGAUUAGAAGAUCAUCAUACCACGAUGUGAUUAGAGUUUCCGAGAUACAAAAGGUACUGGACAUUAGCGGCGUGCAGACUUACAUAAUCAACAGCGCUCGCGUCGUCUUCCUCAACGAGCGGCCGCAGCCGAGGCCAGGCAAAGGCGUCACCAACACCUGCGAGGUUUGUGAGCGGAGCCUCCUCGACUGCUUCCGCUUCUGCUCUCUCGGCUGCAAGAUUGUUGGAACGUCAAAUGAAACCGGAGUCAGGAAACAGGGGAAGAAGAACAGAAAGACGGCUGGAUCGGAUUCCGAUGAAUCCUAUUCGAGCACUGUUGUGCAGAGUUUUACACCUUCGACCCCGCCGCCGACCGCAUUCAGCUAUCGCACGGCGAAGAGAAGGAAGGGGAUUCCUCACCGAGCCCCCUUUGGUAGCCUUAUUCUGGAGUUCUAAUAACUUGGCAUAAAAAGAAUCAAGAUGCCUCCUUUCUCUCUCGUUUAGUUGUGUAUAAUCUAUAUAAAGCAUAAAUAAACGCAUGAUAAAAACUCCGAUUACUGAGCACGCUGCGCUUCUGCUUGCGGAGGCCGGUGCUGUGCUUCUCCAACGGUGAAAGGAGGAGCAGGAGGAGAUGGCUAAGCUGAGUUAAGAUUGCUGCAGUUAUAGGAAUAAUGUUGUGACGUUAGUGGUUGUUAUUAUUAAAACUGGUAGUAUAAGAUAGGUUUAAUCCUUUGUCUAAAUGUAUAUACGAAGUUAGCAGAAGAGAUUAGAAAUGAGAGAGAAAUGUAUAACUAUAGUUGGGAAUGCAAUAAUAGUAAUAAGAAUAAAAUGCUACUUCUAUUCUUUUGGAUUCA